AUGAAGGCUUCAGCUCUCCUCUCGUCGGCCAUCCUAGCUGCGGUCACACUCGCCGCACCCUCUGUCCGGCCACGCGAUGACUUGGCCACACACGAGGCCCAGUUUGCCAAUCUCACCGCGAGCAUCCAAGCCAAUGUGCUCAAGUCACUAGACGAGCGCGAAGCUAGGUUGAAGCAGGACGGUCAAGAAGCCCCCUGUAAGGCAAGGAACAUUGUUUUCCGUCGCGAGUAUGGCGCCUUGUCAGAGAGCGAGAGGCUUUCGUAUGUCAACGCUGUCAAAUGUCUCCAAAGCCUGCCCCCUCGAACACCAGCCAAUGUCUCCUCUGGCGCUCGAUCUCGGUACGAUGACUUUGUCGUGACCCAUAUCCAGAAGACCUUAACGAUCCACUAUACUGGUAACUUCAUGCCAUGGCAUCGAUGGUUCGUUCACCUCUAUGAGAAGGCCCUGCGUGAGGAAUGUGGCUACACCGGAUUUCAACCUUACUGGGACGGGCCCAAGUAUUCUUCCGCACCUGAAAAGUCGCCCAUUUUCAACGGAGACCCUUACAGUCUCGGUGGAAACGGCGAGUACGUCCCCCACGAUGGGCCCGUCGUCACGCCACGGGAAGGGUCUGGCGACCCAAUCAUCCAACUUCCUGCCGGUCUAGGCGGAGGAUUCGUGAAAACUGGUCCGUUUGCCAACAUGUCGGUCAAUCUUGGUCCGGUCAGUGGUCUUCAGGGUACGGUGGCCGGCCCAGAUGGUGGCCUAGGUUACAACCCUCGCGGCUUGAAGCGAGAUGUUGGCCCGGCUAUGACCUCAAGAUAUAACAACUACACGACGGUGUGGCAAUUGCUCCUCAAGCCCAACAUCUCAGAAUAUAGGCGCUUGAGCGAGGGAGUUCUUUACACUGCUGAGAUUGGUCCCCACGGUGGUGGGCAUUACACAAUGUCAGGAGAUCCAGGUGCGGACCUUUUCACGUCACCUGGCGACCCUGGGUUUUGGGUUCAUCACGGCAUGAUGGACCGCAUGUGGGCUCUUUGGCAAGCGAUUGACCCUGCAACACGUUACACGGAGCUGAGUGGAGGUGAAUACGGCCACCUUACCUGGGCCAACAACCCAGCAUCCGAGAAGGCCCAGCUCACGGACAUGCUCGACUUUGGAUACUCGGGUCCCUCGAUCAAGAUUGCAGAUGUGAUGGACACUUUGUCAGGUCCAUUCUGUUACUUCUACCUCUAG